GGAAACUCAGAAUUUGCCAAUAUUUCAAGGAUUAAAAAAGCAAAUUGUCUGCAUUUGUCGUUUUAUUCGACUGCGGUAAUUUACCUCAACGGGGAAGAAGAAGAAACGAUAUCCGACGACUGAAGAGUGUAAAGAAGAAAGAAAGAAAAGGCGUAAUAAUGGCUGUGUCUCCAAAACUAUACGUCAAUAAACCUAAGAAAGCGCAGCUGAAGCAGCAUCAGCAUCAACAGGCAUCUUCUCCGACGCCGGCAUCGUCAUCGAUGGCGUCGUCUUCUAUGGCGAGCGGUGCGGCCCCACCUCCUCAGCCGCCUAAGGAAUCCUUUAUUCGCCGUUACAAGUACCUAUGGCCUAUGCUUUUGGCUGUCAAUUUCUCUAUUGGAGCUUACCUUUUGAUGAGGACAAAGAAAAAGGACGUGGGAUCAGAGGAAGGAGAAAUAUUAGAGGUUCCUGGCGCCUCUAAUUCAACAGUAUCAAUGUCAGCUGUUCAUGGCGCCUCUGUUUCAACAGCAGCUGCUGUAGCAGUUAGUGAAAAAGAAAAGGAAGUCACUAGUACACCUACUCUGCAGUCUGUGACUGUACGAGAACCUAUACCCGAGAAUCAACAGCGUGAACUAUUUAAGUGGAUGUUGGAAGAGAAGAGAAAAGUUAAGCCAAAAGAUCAAGAGGAGAAAAAGCGCAUUGAUGAGGAGAAAGCAAUUCUCAAGCACUUUAUUCGAGCCAAGUCCAUCCCAGUUUUGUGAUUUUUGACUCUGACAAACUCCUAUACUCAUAGGCUUGGAUGAACAAUUUAUCUUCAGGUUGGAUUUUCAUCUUUUUCGUUUUUUUUACAUGUAAACAAAUGUUGAAGUAAUGAAUUUGCUUGGACAAUGAAGUGAUGCCUAAUCCCUAUCUCCAAAUAUUUGGUUUUUGGCAAGAAAUUUGUAAAUAGGUUUGAACUUUUUAAUGAUGUGAUUUUACUGGCUAGAA